UGCGUGUUGACGACACACGGGUACGUCAUUGACAGCUGUCGGGAGCCGGGAGGAAGGUGGCAGCUGACUGGGAGCGCGGCAGAAUGUCGUUGGCUGCUUAUUGUGUAUUUUGCUGCAGAAGAAUAGGAACUUCUGGUCCAACCACAAAAAGUGAUCUGCAGUGGAAAGAUAUCAGAAAAAUUUCAAAAUUAACUGGAUCACUUAUUCUCGGAGGUUUUGUAUUUAUUACAUAUGAAGUUCUGGCCCUAAAGAAGUUACUGACAAUCGAUACUCAAGCUGUACAGCAAGAGAAACUGAAGUCUUAUAUUUAUUUAAAUACAGUUUCUUUAGAUCCCAGUGAAUCUCAAGGACUCACAUACAAGGCAAGAAAAGAACUUCAUAAAAUAGUGAGGAAAAUACUAGAAACUGAAGCUAAAAUUCUCCGGAGACCUUUUGAUGAACAUUUCAGUAAGUUUGCAGAAGAUCAUGAACGUGCCUUGUGGGUCCUCUUGAAGAGAAGUCAAUCAGAAGACAGAAUUGUUCGACUGCAGGCGGUGCAGCAACUGGCAGAGAACAGUCACUGGCAUGAUUAUCAAUAUAGGACGGUUGCCCAAGCCUGUGAUCAGAGGACUGUGAUUGGUUUGGCCCGAUCCAAGGAUAUUGAUCUUCGUUUUUUUUUGCCACCACCUCCCUUACCGAAAGUAAAAGAUGAUUAUGCUAUAGAAGAUGAGCUCCGAUUGUUAUUGGUAUCUUUACCUCAGACUGACCUUGAGCAAUGUGUCCAGUACUUCACAUCUCUGGCUUUAAGAGAAAGCAGUCAGACUCUAGCUGCACAAAGGGGGGGCUUGUGGUGUUUUGGAGGAAAUGGGCUUCCUUAUUGCGAGACUUUGAGUAAAGUACCUUCAGAGACAGUAGAACUCUUCUGUUUACAAGCUUUAGUGCAACAUUCCAAGGUUUCUACUCAUUGUGAUAAAAUUGAAGCAAAUGGAGGUCUGCAGCUACUACAGAGGAUAUACCAGCUUCGUAAUGAUUCUGCGAAAAUACAAAGGAACAUAAUUCGCAUCAUUGGAAAUAUGGCUUUGGAUGAACGUCUUCAUUCAUCCAUAGUACGUGCAGGUUUUUUGUUGGUUUCCAUACUAGCUGAAGCAAUGAAGUCUCCUCAUGUCAUUCAGUCUUCACAUGCGUCCAGAGCCCUGGCUAAUCUGGACAGAGAGACAGUGCAGGAAAAGUAUCCAGAUGGCGUAUAUGUUUUACAUCCACAGUACCGUAGCAGGGAAUAUUUGGCAAAAUGCAGGAAACUAAUUGCAGGAAAUCCCCUAGAGUAUGUCAAGCCCAUUAAAGCAGACGUCCUUUUUAUUCAUGGUCUUUUGGGAGCAGCAUUUAACUGGCGACAACAAGACAUUAAUCAGCCUUUGGAUGCAAAGGCUUUCGAAGGGGAAGAGGUUUACAGUGAAUGCGGCCAAAGUUGCAUUUCUGAACAGAUUGUUCUGGGGUGGGAUUUCCCAGCUAAUGUUAGCCUCUUUGAUAUAAUUGUUUCCUUAAUAAAAGAGGACGCAACUUGGCUAGCCUCAGACUGUCCUUCACUUAGAAUUGUAUCUGUGGAGUAUGACACCCACCUGAGUGAUUGGAAAACAAAGUGCCCUAUUGAGGACCACAGGAAAUCAAUUGCUUAUAGGAGCAAUGAGCUUCUUAACAAGCUUAGAGCUGCUGGUGUUGGAGACAGACCUCUGGUAUGGGUAUCACAUAGCAUGGGGGGUCUUCUAGUUAAAAAGAUGUUGGUGGAUGCUUCCAAGAACCCAGAAAUGGAUAAAAUUGUAAACAACACCCGAGGAAUCAUAUUUUAUAGUGUACCUCACCAUGGCUCCCAGCUGGCUGAAUACUCAAUGAAUGCUAGAUAUCUUCUCUUUCCUUCUGUGGAGGUUAAGGAACUCAGCACAGAUUCUCCUGCCCUUAAAGAACUGAAUGAUGAUUUUCUUUCAUUUGCCAAGGAUAAGAAAUUUCCAGUCUUGAGUUUUGCAGAAACCUUACCAACACAUAUAGGUAGCAUGAUAAAACUUCAUGUGGUACCUGUGGACUCAGCCAAUUUAGGCAUCGGAGAUCUAAUUCCAGUGGAGGUUAAUCAUCUGAAUAUUUGCAAGCCCAAGAAAAAAGAUACUUUUCUAUACCAAUGUACUGUAAAGUUUAUUCAAGAUGCUUUAGCAAGAGAACUGGGAAGUUGAGUCUUGAUCAUCCUCGCUUGCUUCUCUCUCCCAUUUGGUGUAAUGCAAUAAAGUCUUUCUACUAAAAGUGUUGGCAGGCCUCCAGAACUACAGACACAAUAUUAAUAAUAAAAUCAGCUGUCCAAGUGGCUUUGAAUAUA